AUGAUUACCACCUUUAUUUUGUCUUAUUUUAACAGCAGCGAUGUUUUCAACACUGAUACAUGGUUUCAUAUUCAUUUUAUUCAGAUUUCGUGUAAUUCAUUUAGUUUAUCGAUAGUUCGAGUUAAAUCACAAUCAUGUGAUGGUAUGUCUCAAUAUGAUCGAUGCUCUCGGAAUUCGGCAUGUGCCUGUUUUCAUUUACCUGGCGCUUCUAACACUGGUAUUUGUACUGAUCGAUACGCAGUGACGUGUUCUGAACUGACACCAUGCAACCGUUCAACGAAUAGUUGCAGUCAAUCUGAUCAUAUAUGUGUUCAUCAUCCUCAAUGUCAUGAUAUUCCUGUUUGUUAUUCAGUACCGAAUUCCAAUAAACAAUUCUGUCCACCGAUAGCAACUACAACUACAACUAAACUCACAACCGAACAACUCGCUAAUAUUCCUGCUAAUGCCAAAUGGACACAGAACGGAGUGACUAUUGCUGGAGGUCACGGGAAGGGUGAUGCCACUAAUCAAUUCUCAGGCCCCUAUGGUCUCUUCGUUGAUGAUGAUCAAACAGUGGUUAUUGCUGACUACGGGAAUCAUCGUAUCAUGCAAUGGAAGAACGGUGAUACACCGAAUGGACAAGUUGUUGCUGGUGGUAAAGGCGAAGGAAAUGGAUUACAUCAAUUGUAUGGUCCAACUGAUGUAUUAAUUGACAAAGAGACGGAUAGUCUCAUUAUUUGUGAUGCAGGGAAUCGACGAGUUGUACGAUGGUCUCGUCGUAGUGGUACAACGCAAGGUGAAAUACUCAUCGAUAGCAUCGUAUGUUGGGGAUUAGCAAUGGAUGAACAGAGAUAUCUCUACGUUGCUGGCGUCUUAACACAUGAAGUAAGACGAUAUCAAUUAGGUGAGAAGAAUGGUACUCUCAUAGCUGGUGGAAAUGGCCAAGGUACUGCCCUAGGGAAUGUAAUGGGUUCAGGGUACCCACAUACUAAGAAAGCCACACCAAGUGGAGAACAUGCCGAUCUUAAUCGUAAAUUAAGAUCGGACUACCCUGAAGUAGUCGGAUGGAGAUUCGACCAACUCAAGCCCGGUCAAAUCCCGAAAUUUGACCUGCUAGAGUUUUCACGAUUGGAAGCAUAA